AGGAUAAUGGUUAAUAGCGGAGCAGGCGUCAACGCCAGCGAUAAAGACGGAUGGUUGCCGCUCUUAGAGGCCUCAGAGAAGGGCCACGAGGCGGUGGCAAGGCUUCUAAUCGACAAGGAAGCAGACGUUAACGCCAGCGACAAAUACGGAUGGUUGCCGCUCUUAUGGGCCUCAUGGGAGGACCACGAGGCAGUGGCAAGGCUUCUUAUCGACAAGGGAGCCGUGGCCAACAUGGGCUAG